AUGAGCGGACACGGCGACGAUGUUUUUGAAAACGGCUCUCCAAGCCAUCUCGAACCAGGGUCCUGGGGUGGUCGCAGCAACAGACGAUCUUCUUUCACGCCGGCAUUUGUAGACCACCUUAUUCAUGACGUCGGUGGUGUAAACAGUAUCGAAAACUACACUCGUUCAUACAUCAGGGCAGUCGGCUUCCAAGAGCUCGCUAGAAGUCCAAGCAACUGGGCCGGUUUUCCCUCUGACGAUGAAGCCGAACGCUACGAAGAUGAAGAAGAACAGAUCGAACAUGAACCACAGGAGGAAUCGUCGGCGGCCGUACAUCACCCUGGGGCUCUAAGCUAUGGUACAAGUCCCGGGACUCGUUUCCACGACCACCACCACCCCGGACAUCAUGCAGGACAUCUCUUCAUAUCUCGACAAGGCAGCCUGGCCUCUCGAAUGGAAACGGAACCUCUACUCGUUCGAAAGGAAUCGAUCACAGAUAUAGAUGGGAAAACACAUACCGUCAAUGUCGCAGUCGGUCAAAGUACGAUCUACCAGACUAUUUUCAACUCUAUAAACACCCUCGUCGGGAUCGGUCUACUAUCCCUACCACUCGGAUUUCGACUUUCUGGUUGGAUUAUCGGUAUAGUGUUCAUGGUCUUUUCGAUGUUAUCCACCGCAUAUACUGCUAAGAUCAUUGCCGUCUGCAUGGAUUCUAAUCCUGCCCUGAUAACAUACGGCGACCUUGCUUGGGCAGCAUUUGGUCGCAAGGGCCGAAUAAUCAUCAGCAUCGUCUUCUUCCUCGAGCUGCUAGCUGCUUGUGUCGCAUUGGUUAUUCUCUUCGCUGACUCAUUGCAUGAUUUGAUGCCUGAAGUGUCGGUGCUUACUUGGAAGUUAUUCUGUGGAUUGGUGCUUACACCAUUGUGCUUUUUGCCACUGAGGCUAUUGAGCGUGACGAGCAUUUUGGGAAUUGUUUGCACCUUUAGCAUCGUGGGGAUGAUCUUUAUCAGCGGAUUGACGACACAGGAGCAGCCAGGUAGUUUGUUGCAUCCAGCGAAGACUUACCUCCUCCCAGAGCAUUGGGGACAAGUGCCCUUGAGUUUGGGUAUUCUUAUCAGUCCAUGGGGUGGGCACAGCGUUUUCCCAAAUAUCUACAGGGACAUGCGACAUCCUUACAAGUUUGGAAAAGCCAUUAAGGUUACCUACACAUUCACUUUCCUUCUCGACCUUAGCAUGGCUGUAGUCGGAUACCUUCUUUUCGGAGACACGGUUAAAGACAUUGUCACAUCGAAUAUUCUACUCAAUCCGCAAACGAAUAAGAAACUGUCUAUUGCUUUGAUUUCGUUUAUUGCUGCCAUUCCAAUCACGAAAACACCGCUCAAUGCACGUCCUAUCAUCAGCACAUUUGAAGUUUUGUUGGGCCUCGACCAGCGAAUUCUCGCACCCGGCGAGGAAGGUGCAGGAAUAUCACAAUUUACUCAUACGAUGUACAGCGUUUUGAUUCGAGUUGGCUGCGUGUUUUCUUUUAUUACAAUUGCGAUUUUAGUGCCAUCAUUUGAAAGAAUUAUGGCAUUGAUGGGUUCGGCGCUGUGCUUUUUGAUAUGCAUCAUUUUGCCUAUUGUUUUCCGGCUCCGAAUCUUUGCGGGGAGUCUACCGCGACGAACGGUUAUAUUUGACUGGUUCUUGAUUAUUUUCAGCAGCAUUUUGGCGAUUGCGGGAACUGUGACAGCAAUAUUGCCGAGAGAUGUUUUGAUUGGAAACGUCUAA